UCCAUCUCCCGGGCGCCCCGCAAUCAGCACCACGUGACCAGGCGCGCCCAGCCCGUAUUCGGUACUGACAGAAAGCCGGUUAUAGGCUCAGAGAAAAUGCUUAUCAAUAGCUGAACAUUUUUGAAGAUUAGAAGAUGCCAGGCCCAGUCACAUUUGGACGCAAGCGUCCUCUACCUAACUGUCCAAACCAACUCUUCCUGAAAUGGCUGACAGAGUGGCGAGAUUCUGCUGCUGAGAAAGGCUUAAAAACACAGUUUGUCUACCAAAAGGCUAUUAGCUCACUGAAGAAGUAUCCCCUACCCCUCCAUAGUGGAAAGGAGGCCAAAAUACUUCAAAACUUUGGAGACGGAAUUUGCAAGAUGUUGGAUGAGAAAUUAGAGAAACAUUAUGCUGAACAUGGUCCGAAUGCCCCAAUACAUUCACUUUCAAAUUCCAACACUAAAUCCAAAAACCGACGCCAAUCCCCCCUUCCUACAGCUACACUGGAACCAAACUUGCCAGAAGUCCACCAAGGCCCAUCCCCCACAAAAAAGAAAACGACGGGUGGAAAAAAGCAGCGGGAAUAUGUGCCUCAGAAAAGGUCAGGGGGCUAUGCUGUGCUUUUGACUCUCUACAAGAACAGCAAGAAUCCUAAUUCCAAAGGUUAUAUGACCAAGGCGGAACUGCAAAGAGAAGCUCAAUCACUGUGUGACAAAUCAUUUACUCUGGUUGACCCCAACAGUAAAUACACUGCCUGGUCUUCUGUUAGUACAUUAAUUCAGAAGGAGUUGGUCAUCAAAACUCAUAGCCCAGCCAGAUAUUCUUUGACUGACACAGGGCUUGAACUGGCACAGAGGUUGGAGGGAGCUGAUUCACUACUUGAAGGCAAGAAUAGUGUGGUUGGGCACAGUGAUCCGCAUUCUUCUGAUGAAGGACCUGAUGAUGUUAAUAAUGUGGGAAUCCGAGCAAAUCCAGCCAUAGUCAUUCCCCAGUACCCAACGCUUUGUCCGCCUUCAGAAACACAGCAGCUCAGUGCAGAUCCUGUACUCAACGCCUAUCACCAUGUGCCUGACUUUACACUGCUUCCAGGACAAUUCAAUGUCAUUCUUUGUGUUGACUUCAUUGAAAUCACAGGGGGUGCUGCACACAGAAAGCAGGAAUUGGUUACAGAACUGAAGCGAAAUGGAGUGAAUUUUGAUGUACGCAAGCUGCACAUUGGAGACUUUCUGUGGAUAGCACAGCAGAAAGUCCAUCCUGUACCAGGACAGUUGCGAAUUCCACAGCCUCGGGAGCUUGUGCUAGAUUAUAUUAUUGAAAGAAAGAGAAUGGAUGAUCUUUGUGGAAGUAUUAUAGAUGGACGCUUUCGAGAGCAAAAAUUUCGUCUUAAGAAGUGUGAUCUGCUUCAUCCAAUAUAUCUAGUUGAAGAUCAUGGGUCAGCACAACACCUAAGUAUUCCAGAAGCGACCCUGCAGCAAGCCACAGUAAACACGCAGGUGGUUGAUGGGUUCUUUAUCAAGCGUACCAAAGAUGUUCAGGAGUCUGCAGCCUACUUGACUAUAAUGACACGCUAUCUACAGAACAUGUAUAUGAACAAAACCCUGCUGAGCUGCACUAAAGAGGAAGCCAGUAAAUGUCAUCGUGUUAUACAACAUGAUGCCCAGAGCUGCAUUCUGAUGGAAUUUAAAGAGUUUAAUGAAGGGGCCAUGAAGAAUAAGGCUCAGACAGUGAAAGAGGUGUUUGCUCGGCAGCUAAUGCAGAUUAGUGGUGUGAGUGGAGAGAAGGCAGCAGCUAUCCUGGAAAGAUAUAACACUCCAGCCAGUCUCCUGUCUGCUUAUGAAAAUUGUUUUUCUACUGAAGAGAAGGAAAAACUACUGUCAAGCGUGAAAUGUGGGAAGCUUCAGAGAAACCUUGGACCCGUUCUGAGCAGAACUAUUGCCCAACUUUACUACACUAAGGAAGCAUUGUCCUGAUGUACCCUAAUGGAACACCAUCACGUUCACUGUAUCACAUUACAGGAUGCCUUCCUAAUUAGAGAUAACAGAGUGGUAUCCAUAUUUCCUUUCAAGGAAAAAGGUCAAAUGUUUACUAUCCAUAAUACUUACCAAAUAAAAUAAUGUAGUCAGUCUGCUAUUUCUGUUACUAACCGUGUAAUUCUGCAAUUAUGUGUAAGUAUAUGCUGUCACACCUGUAAUGGCAUUUAGUAUAUAGAAUAUGUAAAUUAAAGCAUAGUUUUCCUUUACCAAAAACUCCCUUUGCACAUAGGAGGUGUCUGUAGAUAUUAAGCCCUUGCAUUAGGUGUAGGCCGUUUAUGUACCUCACGAAGCUUGACUAAAAAAAAAAACAAAGAUCGCAUCAUCCCAUCCUGCCUUGAUGCUAGUACAUGGUUAAGAUAUUCCAAGCUCUUACUAUUUACCUCUACUAUCACAGGAGCAAGCUCACAAACACUGAGCUCAGAGCUUCUGUGUCAGGAAGGAGAGAGCGCAUGUGAGGGGGUUUGAAUCUGAGAAAGAGCUAGAUCCUGUCAUGGUGGAGUUGAACAGUAAAUGUGGAAGUCUCAUAGUAAUCUUUUAGCAAUAAGGCAGGGCAGCAUGAUGCAAUCUUAGGGAGAUUUUCAGUAGGGGUUCAGGAGGUAUGAAAAUGUAAAACCAUACACCAAAAGCAUUUUUUUUUUUUUUUUGGUAAAUGUGAACUAUGCCUUUAAGCCUGAAGGAAAGAAUAAUAAUUUCAAGGCCUAAAAAUAUUUUGCUCUGUGAUCUUCAAAUGUCAUGUUGUGCAGAACAUUUCAACAAAUUUUGUCCAGACUCCCAAAUGACUGUAAAUGGAAACCCUUUCUACUGUGAUUCAUCAAUGCUUUUUUUGCAUUGGACUCCAAUUCCCAAAAUGUCUUCCAAUGACCACCUACCAAGGCAUUGUUUGUUGGACAUGAACUACCUCAUCAAAUAUUGAAAACUAGUAAUCUUCUAUUUUGUGUUCAAUGCAGUUGUGGUUUUCAAAACUUAUAACUUGGAAUCAUGUAUUUUUGUAUAAAUAUGCAUUAUCUGAGUUUGUUCAUUUAAUGUCUUAAAUCCAAUAAUAAAUAUAUUUUGUAGAAAA